UGACCAGCAGGAUACGGACCAGCAGGAUACGGACCAGCAAGACACGGACCAGCAGGACACGGAAAAUGAGCUUCAGACACAUGCUCGUGUGUCCACCAGGUGAAGAUGACAGAAUCCUCUGUCUCUCUGCGGUCUGGGGACCAACUGAGCCCCGCCGACGUGAACGUAGUGAAGACCGAAGUGGAGAAACGCCAGCAGGAGGGACAGGGUGGAGUAGAAGAUGAGAAGGUGGUAAAACAUUGUUUGAGGUUUAGUUCUGGUGCUCCAAAGGCAGGUAAGUUUGGCACUGACAUGAUCAAAAUGGUUGCCUUCUGUCUUCCUAAUGAACUACAGGAGCCCGGCCCGGCUGAAAGUGCUGAGCCGGCUCGCAAUGAAGGCUCCGCCCCCAGCCACAUAGAGCUUGAGGAAGACCAAGGCCAGGAGCGACCAGACCAAACCAGUCAUGGCGCCCCCGUAAGCCAACGCGCAGAGAAGAAGGGCCAGGAGGACCAGCGCGCCGUGUCCUCAGAGUCCGACUCAGCGCGGAUGCAGUCCCCUCAAGCCGGGUCCCUCCAGAUGGAAUCAACACAAGCAGAUUCUGUGCCAGCUGAGUCUAUGCAGCUGGAGUCCUCUCAACCUAAGCUUGCACUGGUGGAGACCACGCAAGGGGAGUCUGGGCAGCGGGAGUCCACGCUGGAUGGGUCUAAGUCCGCACAGCUCAAGUCUUUGCAGGUGGAGUCCAAGCCAGAUGCUUCCUUCCAACCUGAGCCUGCACAGGUGGAGUCUGCACAGGCUGAGUUUAAUCACGCUGAGGCAGCCCUGGUCGAAAUCACACAGGUUGAGGCCUCUCAGCCCGAAUCUGUGCAGGUAAAGUCCAUGUUGGACAACUCCACACUAGCCAAGUCUGCACGGGCUGAGUUUAAUCAUGCUGAGGCCUCCAUGAUCGAAUCCAUACAGGUUGAGACCUCUCAGCACAAGUCUGUAAAGGUGGACACCAUGCUGGAUGGGUCUGAGUCUACACAGCUUAAAUCUGAACAGGUGGAGUCCUCUCUUGCCGAGUCUGCCCAAGUUGAAUCCACACAGGUUGAGACCUCCCAACCUAAGUCUGCACAGGUGGAGUCCACAAACACUGAGUCCUCCCUAGCUGAGCCAGCCCAGCUUGAAUACACACAGGUUGAGGCCUCUCAGCACAAAUCUGCAAAAGUGGAGUCCAUGCUGGAUGGGUCUGAGUCCACACAGCUCAAAUCUGAACAAGUGGAGUCGUCUCUAGCUGAGUCUGCUCAAGUCGAAUCCAUACAGGUCGAGACCUUCCAACCUAAGUCUGCACAGGUGGAGUCCCUAAACACUGAGUCCUCCCUAGCUGAGCCAGCCCAGCUUGAGUCCAUGCAAAAUGCCAGUUCCCAACCCAAGUGCGCACAGGUGGAGUCCAUAAAGACCGAGUUAUCCCUAGCUGAGGCCUCCCAGAUUGGAUCCACACAGGUUGAGGCCUCUCAACACAAGUCUGCAAAGGUGGAGUCCAUGCUGGAUGGGUCUGAGUCCAUAGAGCUCAAAUCUGAACAAGUGGAGUCCUCUCUAUCUGAGUCUGCCCAAGUUGAAUCCACACAGGUUGAGACCUCCCAACCUAAGUCUGCACAUGUGGAGUCCCCAAACACUGAGUCCUCCCUAACUGAGCCAGUCCAGCUCGAGUCCAUGCAGAAUGCCACCUCCCAACCAGAGUGCACACAGUUGGGGUCCAUAGAAACAGAGUUAUCUCAAGCUGAGGGCUUCCAGAUUGAAUCCACACAGGUUGAGACUUCUCUGCCCAAGCCUGCGCAGGUGGAGUCCGCGCAUGCCGAGUCUUCACAGGCCGGGUCCACUCAAGCUCCUCAGAUCGAAUCUUCACAGCUUGAGACUGCGCGAAUGGUGUCCACACCACACGAGUCCAAACAAACUGGGUCUGCGCAGUGGAAGUCCACGAUGGAUGGGUCUGUGUCCACACAGCCCAAGUCUGCACAGGUUGAGUCCUCUCUGACUGAGCUAGUCCAGGUCGAAUCCUCCUUCAAACCCGAGUGCACCAAAUCUAAGUCUGCGCGAAUCGAGUCCAGACAAGCAGACUCUGUUCAGGCUGAAUCUCCGCAGGGGGAGCCUACACAGUCUAAGAUUAUGCAGGACGAGUCCUCUGCGUCUGGUCAAGUAGAUACCCUACAGGCCAUGUCCUCGCAGGCUGAGGGCGCUGAGGUCCUUCCUGGUGAAAAGCUCCAAUCACAAACAGCAAAAACUGAAGAGACCCCCAGUCCGAGCUCCCCUCUUCGUCUUCAAGAAGUUCCUGAUCUCACCCAGGUUGGCCAUCUUUGUUCUUAAGACUCUGUAGAUAGAAACAUGUAGAACUUCUUCUCAGAAGAAGCUGAUUUAGAGGUAAAGGGUAGGUGACAACCUUUCCAGUUGUAUGUCCGGUCAGAGUCCAGUUUUAAGGUCCAUGUAGCGUACAAUCCAAUGUUUGGGCUUUUGGAGGCAGAGAAAGCUGAAAGGUAGCGGCAGUGUUGAAGACAGUGUUGGUUUGUUACAGGUGACAUUAGCACCUUAGGUAUGUUACA